UCCUCCAGCAGCGGUAGUUUUGCUGAUGUGUGGACUGAGCUGAAGGACGGUUGUUUUGUCUUAUCUCAGAUUAAUAUUUGAUCACUUAAAGAUGAGUUCAGUCCAGAAUCUGAGAGAGUUGAUCAACCAGCGACUAACUGCUGCUGCUGAAGAAAUAUUCACAGAGUUUGAGAAAACCAUCGUCCAGUACGAGGAGGAGAUCGAUCGUCAGCGCAGACUGCUGGAUAACAUCUGGAAACCACAGAUAACACAACACACAGCAGAUCUCCCACAGCAACAUGUCUGGAAGGAGGAAGACAUUCUUGCUGAGCAGAAGGUCUGUAACCAGCAGAGGGACUCCAGUGUGGACCAGGAAGACCUAGAGAUUCCUCAGAUGAAAGAGGAACAGGACGAACUCUGCACAAGUGUUUUCCUGAAGGACCCAGAGUCUCUACAGAUUGGUAAAGAGGAACAGGAGAAACUCUGCACCAGUAUGGACCAGGGAGUCCCAGAACCUCCAAAGAUUAAACAAGACCAAGAUGAACUCUGCACUAAUCAGGAGGGAAGGCAGCUUGUAUUAAAGCAGGAAACCAAUACCUUUGUUGUGAAUCCUGCUUAUGAGGAAAGUGACUACAGUAAACCAGAACGAAGCAGAAAUCAGCUCCUCUCUCACAACUCUCCUGUCAGCGUGAAGAGAAAGAGGAGAAACAGCAGUCACAGUAACAAUAUAGACAACCCUCCAGUGUCAGAGAGUCAGUGUGAUACUGACACGGGGAAAAAGUCUGUAAAAUGUGGCAUCUGUGGAAAAAGCUUUAAGUACAUGAGCCAUUUAAAGAAACACUAUUUUAGUCACACAAGUGAGAAGCCAUACACUUGUGAAACAUGUGGGACAUGUUUUAAUCGCAGUGGUAGUUUGAAACGCCACAUGAUAACACACACAGGUGAGAAACCGUAUCCUUGCAGGAUAUGUGGAAAAAGUUUCACUUUAAAUCGCAGUUUAAAAAUCCACAUGCAGCUCCAUACAGGUGAGAAGCCAUAUUCCUGUGAAACAUGUGGGAAAAGUUUCAUUUAUAGUUCUUAUCUAAAAGUCCACAUGACGUGUCAUACAGGUGAGAAGCCGUACAGCUGUACCUUGUGUGAAAAAAGAUUUUGUUACCCAACAGCACUGAAAAAACACCUUAGAAUCCAUACAGGUGAGAGACCGUAGUAAGUAGUAAGGUAAUGGAUAAACCUGUAUCUGUUGGAGACAUAAAUUUUUGACUAGCUUGA